AUGAGUGAAUGUAUUAGUGUUGUUAUUUACUAUGAUGGUGAGGUCCAUGACACCGAGAACGGUGUUGUUUUUUUAUCGGAGAACACAACGCGACUGGUUUUUAACCAGAACAUAGAUUUGACAGAACUUCAAAAAAGAAUUAGGCCUAAAAUCUUCGGAAUGACUCCAAUAAAAAUUUUGUCUAUUAAGUAUCGAUUUUGUGCUUCGAUUGAUCCUGUGAGAUAUGACUCAUUCGACAUCAAAGGUCCUCGUAGCUUGGAGGCAAUAGUGGAGACUCAUCUUGCUAGUGGAUCACCCUAUCUCGAGUUAUAUGUACAAUUUGCAUCGCCAAAUAAUGUAUUUGCGACUUCAACAUCUACUGCUGUUCAAGAGGAAUACACGACCUCUGCCCGAGACUCUGCUAGUGGGUGGCAAAACACGGAAGCGUCCAGAACGAUAUCAACUACUAGUGGUUGGCAAUCAACAUCUGAUUGGGGACGUUAUGAAACUUCCACAAGGGACUAUUUACUCCCAACGACGUCCACCGGUGAGGGAACCUCGUUCGUUACAAAUGAUGGUGGAUCGGAUGAUGAGUCCGAUGUGGAUCCACCUCGAGAGCCCGGGCCCGAUGGUGCAGAAGUUGUAUUAUUUUCUGAACUGGAGCCUACUCCAACUAUACCUGAAGAUGUUGAAGGUGAUUCAGAUGAAGAAGAAGAAGAUCCACGAUUCAGGGCAUACUCGCCUCCAGCCCACAUGCAUAAUGUCGAUCUAUCUCAAGAUGAUGCAUUGGAGUUUCCAGAUGUAUCACACAGAAGGUGUGACCGUACAAGUUCAUCAUUGGAUUCGGGUGAACUGGAAGUUGGUAAGGUGUUUUCCAAUAAAGAUAGUUUUCUUAGUGCAUUGAAACAACAUAGCAUCAUGGACGGGGUUAACUACAAUGUGGUUAAAUCCAAAACCGAUAAGUUUGAGGCCAAGUGUGCAGUGAAAGACAACACAUGUUCAUGGAAAAUUAUGGCCUCGUUGAGGAAAAAGACAGGCUUGUGGGAGAUUAAAAAGUACAAAAGUCCACAUAUAUAUGUUGGCGGUACAGUUUCACUAAACUUCUAG